AUGGCAGCAUUAAGUCGGGCUAUUGCUGGCAUUCGUGACUCUACACUCAUUGUAAAUUUUCCAGGAAGUGUGAAAGCUGUGAAGGAGUGUUGGGUAGCCGUCGAACCGAUAUUGCAUCACGCCGUUGAUCUCCUGACUCAACGUGACGACGGCAGCUUGCACUUGGCCAUGGCUAAAGAAGCAGGAUUAGGAACCGGAGAUAAGGGACAUCCAAGUCAUUGA